AUGGGAAAGCGUGCUUUCAAUGAGAAAGGCGCUAAGAAGGGCGAUAAGACUCCGCAGGCCUUCGUGAAGAAGUUUGAAUACUUCGGGAAGGCCAAGCUCGCGCCUUAUUGCAACGAAGAAGGAGUGCCGUUCUACUUGGACAAAGGUGAAGACGAGAAGGAUUUCCUCCGUCUGGCGAACAUCCGCAAGUCCAGGAAUUCCUCCAAUGAAGAGCUCUGCUGUCGCUUAGGGAUGGGCUUGUGCCUCGAUGCAGCCACCGCGGACGCCGGCGCGAAGCUGAUCUCGAAACACUUCGGCGGGGAGUGGACCGAGGAGGUCCGGAAGAGUCUGACCAAGACAGGCCUGCCGGGUCUGCGAGACAUCUUCUCCUCCGAAGAAGGCAAGCGCUUCAAGGAGGCAGUUGCAAUCCUGAACGUGGGCAAGGACAAGCAGCCUUCGGAGAGAGACGUCAACAGGAGCAUCAAGCACUUCGUGGGGUUUCUCACCGAUUCCCCAGACGAGUUGCACAAGCACCUCGCGCGUCUGGCGUCGGCGACAGGCGUCCUGUACCUCUUCGCCAUGACGGUGUUGAAGGACAUGGCACUCCUCGGCGAUCCAGCAGCAUGGGCUAAGCUCAUCGAAGGUAAGCAGGGCAAGGACGUGGCCGCCUGGAUGAAGAAGCCGAAGGACCGGGAGAAGCUACGCCAGGCGCUCAGUGCAGAGCUCAUGGCAAAGGUGAAGAAUAACGACAAGGCGCGUGGCAAGAAGCGCCGAGUCUCGGACUCGUCGGAGGACGAAAAGAAAGACUCCGACACAGAGGAGUCGAAGAGCUCUGGCGAGUCCGCGUCUGCUUCGUCCGCUUCCAUGUCUUCCUGCAAGAAGAAGCGGAGAGCCGAAGAAGAGAGAAAGCGCGCUAAGAAGGAAAGCAAGAAGCUGAAGGCAAGUGCAAGUGCAGAGAUGGCGCGUGAGCAGAGGACGGCUGCCUUCACAGCAUGGCCACAAGGACAAGUUGAAGUCUUGGGCUGCGACAUCGCUAAUGAGAAGACGCAAAUCGGCAAUCUUGCUGGCGGUCAGGCGGAGCAUGCGCGGCUGCAGGCCUUCCUCGACCGAGUGCCGGCCUUGGUCAAACAACAGUUUCCUGCCUUGGCCGUGCUGGAGAAGGAGAUGGCUGACCAAGUGAGUGAGGACGGCAAGAUCCCCAACGUUCUGGCGAAGAAGGCUCUGGUCCGCCUCGGCGCUAUCGCUGCGGAGGUGGAAGCAUUCUGGGAGGAGCAGAGCGGUGGCGCCACAGCUGCUGCCAGCGCACUGUGA